AUGGCUGCGCCCGUGGGACCGGUGAAGUUCUGGCGACCGGGUACAGAGGGGCCAGGUGUCAGCAUCUCUGAAGAGAGACAAAGUAUCGCUGAAAACUCUGGGACCACCAUUGUUUACAACCCUUAUGCUGCCCUUUCAAUAGAGCAGCAGAGGCAGAAGCUUCCGGUGUUCAAGCUUAGGAAUCAUAUUUUAUACUUGAUAGAAAACUAUCAGACAGUGGUGAUUGUUGGAGAAACGGGAUGUGGGAAAAGCACUCAGAUUCCUCAAUACCUUGCAGAAGCUGGCUGGACGGCCGAAGGAAGAGUGGUGGGAGUGACCCAGCCUCGGAGAGUGGCUGCCGUUACAGUUGCAGGGAGAGUGGCUGAGGAAAGGGGUGCAGUGCUGGGCCACGAGGUGGGCUACUGCAUUCGCUUUGAUGACUGCACCGACCUGCUGGCUACGAGGAUUAAGAAAUUUCGGGAUUUCUUUAAUCAAAAUGAAACCAGUGACCCAACCAGGGAUACGUGUGUGAUCCUUACAGUGGAAGGGCGAACAUUCCCAGUGGAUAUCUUUUAUCUGCAAAGCCCUGUUCCAGAUUACAUCAAAUCAACUGUGGAAACGGUGGUGAAAAUUCACCAGACGGAGGGUGAUGGAGACAUAUUAGCAUUUCUUACUGGCCAGGAAGAGGUAGAAACUGUUGUGUCUAUGCUGAUCGAGCAGGCUCGAGCACUAGCUCGCACUGGGAUGAAGAGACACCUCCGAGUCCUCCCCAUGUAUGCGGGACUGCCUUCCUUUGAGCAAAUGAAAGUGUUUGAAAGGGUGUCACGCAGCGUCAGAAAGGUGAUAGUGGCCACCAAUGUGGCAGAAACCUCCAUUACAAUUAGCGGCGUCGUGUAUGUGAUCGACUGUGGCUUUGUGAAACUCCGAGCCUACAAUCCCAGGACAGCUAUUGAAUGCUUGGUGGUGGUGCCGGUGUCCCAGGCCUCAGCCAACCAACGAGCAGGACGUGGUGGUCGCAGCCGCUCGGGAAAAUGUUAUCGCCUUUAUACAGAGGAAGCCUUUGACAAGUUGCCCGAAUCUACUGUUCCUGAGAUGCAGCGUAGCAAUUUGGCACCUGUCAUCCUGCAGCUGAAAGCACUGGGAAUUGACAAUGUCCUCAGGUUCCACUUCAUGUCGCCCCCUCCAGCACAGUCGAUGGUUCAAGCUUUGGAGUUACUCUAUGCUCUGGGAGGUCUGGACAAAGACUGUCGCCUAACCGAACCGCUUGGCAUGAGAAUAGCAGAGUUUCCUUUGAAUCCCAUGUUUGCCAAAAUGCUGCUUGAAUCAGGAAAUUUUGGCUGUUCUCAGGAAAUAUUAAGCAUUGCAGCCAUGAUGCAGAUCCAGAAUAUCUUUGUGGUCCCCUCAAACCAGAAGUCUCAGGCAAUUCGAGUGCACCGUAAAUUUGCUGUGGAGGAGGGUGAUCACCUCACUAUGCUCAACGUGUACGAAGCAUUUAUCAAACACAAUAAGAACUCUCAGUGGUGUCAGGAACAUUUCCUGAAUUACAAGGGUCUUGUCAGAGCUGCGACUGUACGAGAACAAUUGAAAAAGCUUCUUGUCAAGUUUCAAGUGCCCAAGAAGUCUAGCGAAGGUGAUCCAGAUCCGGUUCUGAAGUGCAUUGUUUCAGGAUUCUUUGCAAAUGCUGCGAGGUUUCAUUCUACGGGAGCUUAUAGGACUAUCCGUGAUGAUCAUGAACUGCACAUCCACCCUGCGUCAGUCCUCUAUGCAGAGAAGCCGCCUCGCUGGUAA